AGGUUCAGAAUACUCUAAAUCCAUCACUGUCCGAAUAAAGGAGGAAACCGGUCAGUCAGUGCCUUGCCAGAGAGAAUAACGAAUAUCUACUUUGCUCUUCUGUUAAAUAUAUUUUUUUAUCGGUGAAUUCUGAAACAAAAUCAAUAGAAUGAAAGAUAAAGUGUUGAAUAAUGAUUAGAAGUUAUAAAAGAGGGACAAUUCAAAUUUUAAAAUGUAUCAUCAGUUGUGGAUUAGCUUUUCUUGUUAUAAAAUUGCUACUUAUUGGAGAUGAAAGUAAACCACUGCCCGAGUUCGGUGAUAGAGAGAAAUUGAUGAUUGAAGCAGAGAAUGAUAAUUCCAAUAGAAUAUCGACGAUAAGAAAUACUUGUCAAAAGUACAGUUUAGGAAUCUAUAAGAAAAUUGGUGAAUCAUCUAUUUUUAAACAUCCGCCUACACCACAAUACAGUGUUUUUUAUAUAGUCAGGAAUCACGGUCUAUCAUACUGUCCGAUUUACAAAGCUGGUAGUACAACAUGGAUUUACAACUUAUGUCUUCUAAUGAACGUGUCCGAGAAGGAACUAAACGGUGGAAAGGAGCAGAUAUCGACCAUUGCCAGAAGGCUAAUACCGGAACUAGAGUUUCCAGAAGCCGACCAGGCUUUAAAAGCAACGAAGAAACUACUGGUGGUAAGGCAGCCAUUUGAAAGAUUGUUGAGCGCGUAUCGCGAUAAGCUGGAAAACUCCGUGGCUGGAAGGGAACACGGGACACUUCACUUUUAUCGGAAAUACGGUGGCAAGAUUGUUGAAAAGUACCGUGAGAAGAAUUUCACAAAACCUCGGGAUGAUCAAGUGAUUAGAAGAAAGGACAUACCUGAACCAGCGGGAAUUGAGCCAACUUUCAAAGAAUUUGUACAAUAUUUAAUUGAUACUGAUUUGGCCAGCUAUGGAGACGAUCAUUGGAUGCCUUACUAUUUCUUUUGUACACCUUGUAUCGUUAAUUAUGAUAUAAUUGCAAAGGUAGAAACAUUGUGGAGGGACCAGAUUUAUACGAUCCAUAAAUUACAGCUGCAAGAGGUAAUUAAACCGAGAUGGCGACAUAGCGGCGGGUACUCGAAUGCGUCGAGAAUAUAUUUCAGUCAAUUGAACCGAGAUAUGGUGGAAAAAUUGUAUGAAAAAUUCAAAUUAGACUUUGAGUUGUUCGAUUAUUCGCCUAAGGUUUAUUUCCAAUAUGCAACUUCUACUUAGAAUUUUCUUAAUCAACGAUAUUACAUUUCUUCACGAUAAUUUCUUUUUAUUUUUUUUUGUAAAAAGGAUAAGGAAUAAAAUAUGAAGUACGAUUAGAAUCGCAAAGAAUUUGAAGCUCGUUAACGAGCACCCUGUUUUUUUUUCCUUUUUUUUUUUU